UGAUGCUGUCAAAACAUUGCUGCCUAAGUAAAUGGAUCGUGGAUUUGUCAAAGUUUUUUUUCGAUUAUUUGCAAUCCCCGAACAUCAAUUUAAAUGAAAAUGGAAGCUAGCUACACCUGAAGCUCUUCUGCAACCCUUGGGGGUAGUUAUCACAUAUCUGAAUCAGAAUGCAAAAAAACAGUCAGUUUGCAGAGUAUCCCGAGGCCUACCCAACAGUUUGGUGGGGAGGAGGGGUGGAUCUGCCAGUGAGCGACCGCCGGCCACCACGGAGCUAAGUGACGGGCAGAGAGGCGUUGCACCGGUUGCUUCAGUGCACGCCAGCCCGGCUCACAACGAAUGCAAAGUCAGGGCCAAUUAAAAGCGAACCUUUGACCCGCGGCUUGUUAUCAAUACCCGAGCGCUGCCAAUCCCGGUGGCUGCCGCGGAUCACAAAAGUGCAAUAAAGUGGAUGUUUGUGCACAGGUUGUGUCUGCCCUGCAAUCACUGUCGCCUCUCACCCUUCUCUCCGGCACUUCCACUGUAGACGGACGCGGCGAGCACCAUGAGCGCAUUGGCCUUCUCCAAGCGGCUUGCCAGCUUGUCGAGAGCUGUCAGCGGCCCGCUGCACCUCCCGGUGCCGGGCAACGCGAUCCGGAGCUGGGCCAGAGCGAGCAGCAGUGGCCGAGGCCCCGGCCCCCAGCUUCACACCAAGAAGCGGGGCUACGAGAUCACUCGCAACCCCCACCUCAACAAGGGUAUGGCAUUUACUCUUGAAGAACGGCUGCAGCUUGGAAUUCACGGCCUGCUCCCACCAUGUUUUUUAACUCCAGAAGUACAGGUUCUCCGUGUCCUUAAAAGCUACGAGACCAAAACCAAUGACCUUGACAAGUAUAUUAUCCUCAUGACUCUCCAGGAUCGGAAUGAAAAGCUUUUCUAUAGAGUGCUUACUUCCAACAUUGAAAGAUUUAUGCCAAUUAUUUACACCCCCACUGUGGGCUUGGCAUGUCAGCAGUACGGCCUUGCCUUUAGGAGGCCGAGAGGACUGUUCAUUACUAUUCACGACAAGGGCCACAUUGCUACAAUGUUAAACUCUUGGCCUGAAGAAGAUAUAAAGGCUAUUGUUGUAACAGAUGGUGAACGCAUCCUUGGUCUUGGAGACCUUGGAAGCUAUGGAAUGGGAAUUCCAGUGGGAAAACUAGCUCUCUACACAGCCUGUGGAGGUGUGAACCCACAGCAUUGCCUUCCUGUGCUUCUGGAUGUUGGUACAGACAAUGAGUCUCUCCUUAAUGACCCACUUUAUAUUGGAUUGAAACACAAGCGUGUUCGUGGGCAGGCCUAUGAUGAAUUGGUUGAUGAGUUCAUGCAAGCAGUUACAGACAGGUAUGGAAUGAACUGUCUCAUUCAGUUUGAAGAUUUUGCAAACUCCAAUGCUUUUCGCCUUCUCAGCAAAUACCGCAACAAGUACCUCACUUUUAAUGAUGACAUACAAGGGACUGCUUCAGUGACAGUAGCUGGCAUACUGGCUGCACUGAGAAUUACCAAGAACAAACUUUCUGAUCAUACAUUUGUCUUCCAAGGAGCUGGGGAGGCAGCCAUGGGAAUUGCACAGCUCAUCCUAAUGGCAAUGGAAAAAGAUGGAACCCCAAGUCAAGAAGCUCUAAAAAAGAUUUGGAUGGUGGACUCAAAGGGCCUUAUUGUUAAGGGAAGAAGCCAUCUGACCCAUGAAAAGCAGAUGUUUGCUCAGGAUCAUCCGCCAAUAAAAAGUCUGGCUGAAGUUGUUCAGAAAAUUAAACCAAGUGCUUUAAUAGGAGUAGCAGCCAUUGGAGGAGCAUUUACGGAGCAGAUAAUAAAGGACAUGGCUUCAUUCAAUAAACAUCCAAUUAUUUUUGCAUUAAGUAAUCCUACUAGCAAGUCAGAGUGCACAGCAGAGCAAUGCUAUCGACUGACAGAUGGCCGUGGAAUAUUUGCUAGUGGCAGUCCAUUUGAUCCUGUAACCCUUGCUGAUGGCCGUACCUUUGUCCCAGGUCAGGGAAACAAUGCCUAUGUUUUCCCUGGAGUUGCACUUGGAGCUAUUGCAUGUGGGGUGAGGCAUAUAGACGAUGAAAUCUUCCUAAUUUCAGCUGAGGUUAUUGCUGAAAUAGUGACAGAAGAGCAUCUUGCAGAAGGACGUUUGUACCCUCCACUGAACACCAUAAGAGAUGUUUCAUUCAAGAUUGCUACAAAGAUCAUGGAUUACGCCUAUAAAAAUAACCUUGCUGCCUGGUACCCCGAGCCAGAGGACAAAGAAGCAUUUGUUCGUGCUCAAAUGUACAGCCCUAAUUACGAUUCCUUUGUAUUUGAUAACUAUGAAUGGCCUAAAGAUGCAAUGAAAAUCCAGGAAGUGUAAUUACUUGUGCUGUUUAAGUCACCUCUAAUCUGUUAAGAUGUUGGAAGGCCUCUCUCAAGUUAUUGGUUCAAAUAUCUCUUAUCAAAGCCUGGUAACUCUAAGCACAUCCAAAUAUGCUUUCUUUGGGUAGUGACUAUUAUAUUGCUUUCUUAAAACAAUUCUUGUUCAAAUCAAUCUGUUCUCAUUAGUUUCAAAGCAACAAAUACUACUCCUCAUGAACAGGUGCACAGCAAUAAUCUUGAGUUUAUUGCACUUUUCUUACCAUUUAUCUUGCAGGAAUUCUACAGCAUUUCAUUUUUUAAUCAAUUUUGACUUUAACCAUACUUUGUUUGCCAUUUGAACAGAUUUUUCCACUGCAUUACAAUUAUGGAGAUCAAAACACAGGCCUUGAAAAGGCAUUUAAUUGCCUAGAAGUUAUGGGUUCACUGAACUGCACGGUCUGACAAAGCCAUAUAGCUAUGGUGUUAAAAGCACUUUUGCACAAGAAGUUGGCUAACAUCCUUUUCUGAAGAUGAUUAAUGACCCUCAUAUUUAUGAUACUAUUUUGGUUUGGGUUACAGGGUUUUCUUAAGGCAACUUGUCUAGAACAAGAGUCCAGUUAGUUGUCCAUGAAUGCUGGUCUCAAAAAUGGAAAUAAUGGAAAUCAAAAUUCUGCCUGUAUUUAUUUAAAAAAAAUGGAAUCAUGUAGAGGAAAAUUGGGUAAAAGUAGCAGACACUGUAUCAAAUCAAGUUAGUUUGGAUGACCCAAAGUCAACCAACUGUGGUAGAUUAAUGAUUCCCUUGUAAAAAUGUUUUGGGACAGGAUCAACUCAGUUCACAGUUGGUAUUAGCUUUUAAACUGACAAAUUUUCAUCAUGCCAUGAGGAUAUCUUAAAUGGAAAAAUUCUAACAUGCAUGAAUACAACAGGAAUCAUCCUUAGAAAUAGAGUCCAAAAGAAUGUGGAAGGAAACUUCAAUGUCCAGUUCUGUGCAGCAUCUAACCUGAUGGUGCAAGCUGUUGAUUUCUCCAAAAAUGAGUAAAUAUGUUCCUUUUCCCAGUGCUGAACUCCUACAUACACCCUGAUGAAAUGAAAAUCUUAAAAUGCAAAUGUGUGUUUAGCCACCUUCUGUUGAGGAAUAGCUACUGCCCAUUUCUGCUUGUAGUACUCACCUGCUCCAAUCCAUGUAUUACCUGUGGAUGGUGGCUGAAAUUCCAGUAUGCCAAAAGAUGUUAUAUUUUCUGCAUGGUAAAUUUUAAUUUGAAGUCUUGCCUUGUUAAUCAUACACUUACCACCUUUAAGACAUACCUGCUCAGAUAGAAGACAUUGUACUGAUGAAGGUUUAAAAAAAAGUAAGUUGGGAAACUAUUGAGGAUGUACUUUGUAAGAUUUUUAAAAAAUGCUUAAUAAACAAAGGUCUGUGGAUCCAA